AUGUUAGUUCUAUCUAGGGUCUAAUGUGAAAGCAUCAUUACUUCGAUAAGAAACUACACGAAUGGCAUAAUUUAGUCUUAAGUGACUUAAUAAAAUUUAAUGGAUUUUGCUCCUUAUAUACUUCCUUUUGGAAUAAUGUUUAUAUUAUCAUUGCAGAUGAUAAAAGUUUGUUUCAGAAGAUAAAUGCAAUACGAUUCAUUGCCUUAAAGCGAAUAAUAAGCAAAUAAAAUUCACCAUAAAAAAAUACAAAUACCUAUUAAGCAUAAAAUAUAACUGGUUCUAAUGAGAUACUAUUGUUAACUAUUGAGAUAAUUGACUAUUUGA